GCGAAUUCCAUCCAAAUCCGGGCCAUGGAUUCCGAUUACGUCGCCGCCGAUCCAAACCCUCACCAAUCUGCCUCUACGCCUGGCGCCGCACCUUCCCAGCUCGCGCAGAUGCGGUCUCUCACCUUGGAGGUCUCCAACGAUGCCGCGGGAGCCGAACAACCAGCUGGCAACAGAUCCCUGCCUGCGGAUUUCUACGAGACAGUGGAUGAGAUCGAGGUCACGAAGAAGGGGUCUCCUUUGGUUCGGAGUCUGGCUGGAUCUGCUUCUUGUGGCGAACCUGAAGACUGGAGGGAGAGAUCGGAAUUGGACGGCGAGGCGCUGCCUAGCCCCAGCAGUAGCGGCUAUGCCGGUGAGCCAGGGAGUAGUGGAGGGUCCAACGGGAUCGAGGAGGAGGCUGACGAUGGAGGAUCAUCGCUGCGGGGUGACUGGAGCCGCGGGAAGAGGCAUUUUGAUGAGGACGAUGCUUCGAUUUCAUGGAGAAACAGAAAGAAGCACUUUUUUAUUCUGAGCCACUCUGGUAAACCAAUAUAUUCUAGGUAUGGAGAUGAGCAUAAAUUAGCAGGGUUUUCAGCAACCUUGCAGGCUAUUAUUUCUUUUGUAGAAAAUGGUGGAGAUUGUAUCAAGUUUGUGAGAGCUGGAAAUCAUCAGGUCAUUUUUCUUGUGAAAGGUCCAAUAUAUUUAGUGUGCAUAAGCUGUACGGAAGAGCCAUACGAGGCUUUGAAAAGACAAUUAGAGCUUAUUUACAGUCAGUUGCUGCUUAUCUUGACAAAGUCUGUCGAUAGAUGUUUUGAGAAGAAUCCAAAGUUUGAUAUGACACCUCUGUUGAGUGGAACAGAUGAAGUUUUCUCAUCUCUGUGUCAUGCCUUCAGCUG